AUGGGCUGCCCAGGGAGGAAACCCCUGUUUUUCUUCCUCCUUUUUGUGCUUAUGUACCUGCCUGGGGCUUUGUUGCAGGAAGCUGGCCCUGUGAGGCAAAGGAAACCAUUUUUCGAGAGGCUCCGUAGACUAGAGGAACAGUUUCAGAGGUUCCAAGAGGCGGCACUAACGCACCUGCAGGGCAUUGCCAGCAACUACAACCUGUCCUUCGAUUUCGAGGCCCGGUUCCAGAGUCUGGCCCACAGGAGCCAGGCUGUGGCCCUAGCACUCAACCAGUCGCAAGCCACCAUGCAGGAGGACCUGGGCCACCUCAAGACCUGGAUGCGGAAGACACAGCGCAGAAGCUGGAAGGUGGACUCCAGGCUGCUGGCCUUAGACACCGCCCUGAGCGAGAGGAGCCGGCAGUGUGCCCGGGAGAGGAAGGAGCAGGAGGCGCAGAGGGACGCCCUCUCCAGCCUGGCCCUGGAUGUGUGGGCCCUGCAGGAUGCGCUGGCUCACCUGAUGCCCCUUGUCCAGAGCCAGGGUGCCCGGCUGGCCACUCUCGAGGGGCAACUACAGGUGGCCAGCCCUGGCACAGCCGCCCCGGGGGUGACCCCAGCCCAGCCUAGAUCAUCAAGCCCGAGCUCCCCGCAGCUGCAGCGGGGCAGGCAGGCACUCGGGGCUCCACCUGAGCCCAGGGAGCCACCUCUGGACUUUAUUCGCCCUCUCCAGGGGACGCACAAGCUCCCAGGUCCAGGCAGCCAGCGGGCACGGACCCCCGAGAGUCCAGGAGAGAAUCUGGCAGGAAGUCUGGUCAAAGGAGUUAUGCUCCCAAAGAUGUCCACGUCCUGGUCCUGGACUUUGUGGAUGUGUCACCUCACAGUUUGCAACGUGGGCCCAGUGCUUGUCUUCCCAAAUGCCUCCACCAAGAACGUGGUCUUCCUUUGCCCUGGCUUCCUCACCAGCCUGCGGGCCCUGUCCAUCUGCAGCUGGAUCCGCACAGCCUCAGGCCACCUGGGCACCCUCCUGUCCUAUGCCACUGAAGAAAAUGACAACAAGUUGGUUCUGCAUGGCCGUGAUUCCCUGGUCCCCGGCUCCAUUCACUUUGUGAUUGGAGAUCCGGCCUUCAGGGAGCUGCCCCUCCAGCUUCUGCUAGAUGGCCGGUGGCACCAUGUGUGUGUCAUCUGGACAUCCAUCCUGGGCAGGUACUGGCUCCAUGUGGACCGCAGGCUAGUGGCCACCGGCUCCCGCUUCAGGGAGGGCUACGAGAUUCCUCCCAGAGGGUCCCUUGUGCUAGGUCAGGAGCAAGACAACGUUGGGGGUGGGUUUGACAGCUCUGAGGCCUUCGUGGGGAGCAUGGCAGGCCUGGCCAUAUGGGACCGGGUACUGGUUCCCGGGGAAGUCUCAAACCUUGCCAUUGGGAAGGAGCUCCCAAUGGGCGUCAUCCUGAUGCUGACCAGUGCCAUAUCGGUAGGCAGAUUUGUGCAGAGGGUAAACUGCAGCUGCUUACAGCUCUGUCCAUGAGGCCUCACUACCCGGCAAUGUGCUCAUGCUGUGGGCUGGAGAGAGGAGUGAGUCUCCAGCCAUGUUCGGCCACCCCCGACUCCAGCAUGCUCCAAAGAGGGUCCCCCUCUGCUGCCUCUGACCUGGGCUGGGCACAUCUGCCCCAUAAUGUAGGAUGUGAGCUUCCCAAGUGUGUGUGUUGUGGGGUGGGUGAGGGCCCACAGGCAGUGCCAAGCCCUGAGAUCCCAAGGACUGCGUUCUUUCCCUCCCUGUGGCAUUCUUACGUCUCCCCCUCUUUGUAGAAUGACCCAGCCACUUGGGACUGCUGGACUGCAGUGGGGCCUCUCCUCUGGGUGUAGGUUUGGAGCAACUGCAGGCCCGUUUCUGGAGAACUCCUGUUUUCCUUGCAUUUGAACUGUUGUGGCCCUCUCUCCACAUGCCUUGUGAAAGUUUCCCUUUGGGUGAUCCUUGUUCCAACAUCUCUCAUGAGGAGGGCUGGGGAUCCACUUCCUGGCCCCAUUGCUACAGCCCCCCUUCUCCGGGAGCCCUCAGGGUUUCAUCAAAGUUCUGUGAUGGUUGGUGAGGUGGCCAGAGCCUCUGGGAAGGGGGCCCGCACAGGGAGCAAGCAAUUCAGAAGUGUACAUUAACGAUAGGUGAGCAAUGAUUUUAAAGCGACUGUAUUAGGGUGUAAUUUAUAUGCUAUGAAAUUCACCCCUUGUAAGUGUACAAUUCAAAGAUUUUUAGUAUAUUUGCCGAUAUGCAACCGUCACCACAGUCCAGUUUUACAUUUCUGUUGUCCUCCCCCAAGAAAUCAUGCCUGUUAAGGGUCACUCCUGUCCCCAUCCAGCCCCUCCUCCAGCUCUGCACCCACUGACCUGCUUUCAGUCUCUGUGGAUUUGCCUGUUCUGGACAUUUCACAUAAAUGGCCUCAUUCACUCUGUGGUCUGUGGUGUCUGGCUUCUCUUACACAGCAUCACG